AUGUUGAUCUCCCAUGAUUCACAUGUAAAUGAAGAUUAUUCAGGUUACUCAGAAUCCAGCCUGACUCUUUUCAACGACAAGGACCAGGAAGACUCAGAGUGUGUAGAAAACAUGUCUGUGAGUAAUUUUGACCCACUAUAUUCCACGUUUAAGGAAGAAGAUUCGCAGAUCUUCAUUGAUUGUCUUAAACUGUAUUAUGAGUUUUUCAGAUUGUUCAAUGGUUCAUUUGCCACACUAUAUGAGAAGGGCAAAGAACACUUCAAAGUGAUAAUGGGAGAUUUUACAUAUAAUUUUGAGAAAUAUUUCUACAAGACUGAUAUCAUGGAAAGCUUCUUCAACAGCGUUGUUAUCCGAGGAUAUCGGAUAUGCCCAGUAGACUCGAAUACCUACCUCUCUGUGCAGAAAUGAAUCAAUAAUUUAGCAAUAGAGUUUCCUAUCUCCAAGGCUGCUGUGUUUUAUGAAGAGUAUUUUCUGUACUCCGACUUGCCUCAGGGGCAGGUAGAGAUACUCCAUAAAUAUUUGUUCUCAAGUAAUUACACUAGACGCCAAGGAUAUGAGCCAAAUUGGACUGACUCCAACCAAAAAGGAGAUAAAUUUAAGAUCCCUACUUGAGGAGCCAAUUGCUGAGAGGAUAGCGAUGAAGAGGAAAUAAUGUUCUUAGCUGAAGACCCAGAAAUGGCUAAAGCUGAGUAUGAAGAUCUUCUCAAAAGAUCCUUUUCAGCAUUUUGCAAAUUAAACCCACAGGGAUUCCAAGGAAGUGGGCUUGACAAAAAGGGAUUUUUGAUCGGCCCUACAAUUAUGGAUUUCCAUGAUGCUGAGGGUAUACCUAGGAAUUACGAGAUGUUCAGUCCUAAAGUUUACAUCAGGAUAGACCCUUAUAGCAACUCCUACAAACAAUACCGCUUGCUAGUAUUCUGAGCUGAAGGAUUCACUAUUGCUAUGUUCAUAACAGAGGAUAAAUUUCGGCUCUCUUUUGAAGUUUACGAGAAAAUGGGAGAUUAUAUCUUUAACAAAUGAAAGAGCAUGUUUGAAAAGGUAGACCCCAAAGUCACUGUUAAGGAUGAACAGCCUCUCGAUUCUGAAGAGGUCAUAAAGUUGAUGUACUAUAAUGAAUCUAACCUAGCUUAUAAGCAGACUCAUAGAUUUACGAAAAAGUUGCUGAACAAGGAAUUAAGGCACUACAUAAACAUCAUUGUAAACAAGUUUAAAGAAAAUUCGAGCAUGUUUGAGUACCAAGUGACAACAUCUCAUUACUGGGUGAUUGGAAAGAAUUCUCUCCCUCGUAUUAUUAUUGUAAUCCUUCCUUUAUCCCUUUCCCAGGCUGAAGCAGAGAGUGAAGCUUCUCUAAUUGUGAAGACCUAUUUUGCAUAUCUAUAA